UAUCUAAUACUGCAUGAAUGAUUUUCUUUUUCCUGGAUCCCAAAUUAAAGUCUUUUAAAAAAUAAUAAUUCUGUUAUUAUUAAGAAUCACAGUGGGAGAAGCCAGAAGGAUUUCAGGACACCACUCGGAAUUCUGAAAUGGAAGCGGUUUGGAUCGAAGGGACAGAUGAUGAUGGUAACACCUAUUACUACAACACGGAGACUGGAGCGAGAAGGUCGACCUGGAGCUCCCGAGUAAGGAGAUCAACAGCGGCCCGGUUGUGGAAAUCCCCGAUGACGCCAAAGUCAUCUUCAAAGAAAAAACCGUCACUUCCCUCGGUGACGCAACGGAAGAGAAGCCGGUUUUCAGAAAGCGGAAAUUUGAAAACGGGAAAUCGCGAAACAUUCGACAGAGGCUGAGCGAUCACUAACAUCCUGGCUGCGUUGUCAAAAAUAAAAAUAAAAACACUUUUGAGGACAGGAAAAACAAAAGGACGCUGGGAAAAGUUGGACUGUUUUAAACAAUCCCUUCGCAAGACAUGAGUGUAAAAGCAAUUUUUAGAGCUCAUCGUUUUUCAAACCAUGUCUUGGGUGUAAAAUGUACAGAAUAUUUCUUCCCCCUCCACCUCCCUUCUCCCCCCCCCAACAAGUGAUGUCAUUUUAGUUUGCUGGAUUUCUUUUUUUCCCCCCUUUGUGAGGUUUGUGUAAAUAUAAUAUUUUUUAAAAGCGGGUCAAAGGCGGUUCAGCGUAGCUUACAAAACGAGCAUAUUGUCCCGAAUCCUUUUCCAAGAAAAAAAUAAACGCAGU